AUGACCUCCGGAGUGCAGACAGAGGGUAGCGGGCAAGGGUCCAGCUUUGACUCCAACACACAGCCCGUUGUGACCCCUUCGGGACAAAUCGACGUCGACAAUUGUACCGAUGAGGAGCUAGACAGAGCCUUGGCGGCUGCAGAAGCCAAGCGCCUCAGACAGAAGAAGAGAGACCGACUUACCGCCCUCUUGAGGGGCGAAGAUCCAGACGAACAGCCGGCGGACACCAGUUCCCGUCCGGGGAAGAGAUUGAGAGAAUCGACUUGGUGGAAGCCAUCGAUGAGCACUUUACGAUACAAGGCUUCUAGUUGGGCAGAGCUCAAGGUUUUUACCUUUGAAGUUAAAAACCGCUGUGCUAUCGAUUCGUCAAACACAGAGACGGAGGUUGACCGUAUUCGGUACGCCACCAGCUGCCUAGAAGGAGGAGUCAAGAGACGUUGGAUGGCCUAUGUCCAGACGCAUUACCAGGGGGACAUCACAAACACUAGUUAG